CCCCAAAAUUCUUUUUACCUUGCUUCCACAAACUUUUGUCGAAAUUGCAUUGAUGAUUGCUAGAUAAAUAAAAUAUUGAGAUAAAAAGGGUAGGACUUCGUCUUUUGAUAGAAAAUCAUAUUAGAUUAUAACAAUGUUGUAUUGCUUGUUUGCUGUCUAACGUAUUGUAUUUGCGAUUUAAUAUAACUAGCAUGAAAUACGUACUUUGUUCAAGUUUGGAUAUUGUUUUAAAUUAAAAAAAUUGUGGGAUUGGCAAGCAAAGUCGAAAUUAUUGGCACCUUUGUGCCCAAAUUUUCUACAUUACGCAAUAUCCACAAUGAACUUUUAUUUGGUGAGAAUUCAGAAAUAAUCAUGUUCUGAUGAAUUAAUAAAUUUACAUUUGAAUUCAAGACAUGAAACGUAGGAGACUUUAUUUGAAAUGCAUCUGCAUUAUUUCUAUAUUAAACUGUUACGUUAAUUCUGUGGAUACAAUACAACAAAGUAAUGAAGAAUAUUUUGUUGAAAAAUCUUCUGACUUCCAAAGUCAAUUUCAAAGCGACAGAAUCCACAUACGGACAAAACGUCAAUUCACCACUAAGGGAGUGUUUUUGAGUUUGGUAGGGCCAAGACCGGUUCGACCUUAUUGCGCCGGAAGAUAUGAUAAAACGGGUCGAAGUCAACGUUGCUGUUCUGGGCGAGACGAUGCGUGCAGAGUACCGUUCUACGACACAGCAUGCUACUGUGAUGAAUUCUGUUAUCGUAACAGGGCAGAGGAUUGUUGUCCAGACUAUGUGAACUAUUGCUUCUCGGUAGGAUUUGAAACAUCGACCAAAUCGACAACGACAAGUACUACGAGUUCUACCUCAACUGCCACACAAAUAACCUCACAUACAAAACCUCCGACCGAAAAAACCUCAACUGCAGAAUCGACAGAAACUCUUCAUACUAUCCCCAUGACAACAUUGUCCACCACAACAGAGCAUGACUUAUCUCAAGAAGUCUGCUACAACAAGGGAGCAGGUUACCGACUUGAUGACAAAAUUAAGCUCAACUGCAAUGAAUGUAUUUGUCAAAGAAUCAUCAAUGGAUAUUACAAGUUUGCAUGUGAAGAGAAUACGUGUCUUAUUCAACCAAAUCUUAUUGAAGUGAUUAAUGGAGGCGAGUAUGGAUGGACUGCCGGUAAUUAUUCAUUUUUCUGGGGUGAGACACUAGACAACGGCAUCCGGUAUAGACUGGGAACAAAGAGAGCACCUGAGGUGGUAAGAAAUAUGACCGGUAUCAAAAUUCACGUCAGCGAAGAAUUGCCAAAAGAAUUUGACGCAAGAUUACGGUGGCCCUCGUACAUACUGCCACCACGUGACCAAGGGAAUUGUGGGAGCUCCUGGGCAUUUUCCACAACAAGUGUGGCAUCAGAUCGUCUAGCAAUUCAAUCAAAUGGAUUACUCAAACCAGAUUUAUCUCCUCAACAUUUACUCUCAUGUCGUCAUAAAAUGAAAAAGAAAAAAAGACAGAACUGCAGAAAAGAAAGAGUCGACAGAGCUUGGUGGUUCCUACGUAGGAAAGGGGCUGUUUCAUCGGAAUGUUACCCAUUUACUGCAAAGCGACGAGGAAAAGUUCGAAAAUGUCGAUUUCCAAGUCGAAGAGGAAAAUGCCCGUCUAAAAAGGGAACCAAUAAAGUUUAUAAAAUGGGGCCUUCUUACAAAAUCAACAAUAAUGUACUUGAUAUUAUGAAAGAAAUAAAAGAUAAUGGACCAGUGCAAGCAACUAUGAAAAUAACGCAAGAUAUUUUCAUGUACAAAUCUGGCAUCUACAAUUCUCUCCCAUUCCCAAUAGAAGACAUUUCCAAUUCUAAUAAGAGAAGUUAUCACUCAGUUAAAAUUGUCGGAUGGGGCGAAGAGAGGAACGGGCUUGGAAGUUUAAUGAAAUAUUGGAUUGUACAAAAUUCCUGGGGCAGACACUGGGGCGAAAAAGGAUAUUUCCGAAUAAAUAAAGGUUCGAAUACGAAUGAAAUAGAAAGUAUGAUAAUUGCUGUUUGGCCGAAAGUCGAUGAAGAAAUGAUGACAUGACUUUGAAACCAAGAGAAGAUCUUUGCAAUGAUAGUUACAAUUGUACUCCCGCUCAUGUUAUCAUAAAUAAUAUCCUUAGAUAGACGUCAUAUAAUAGGUUUUCAGAAUGGUGCUUUGCUGCCACCGCGCGGAAGAUCAAAAGUAACACAAUGUUGGACCAAAGUCUCACUGUUACCUGAAUAUCUGUUUUAAUUCAACAAAAACUCGCGCCGAAUGGGAGGUCUUAAAUAUAUUUUUGAAGUCCGGAAAAUACUUGAAAUAAAAAUCAAAAAACCAUAAUAUAUCUCAUAAACUAAUUUGUCCAUUAGUUAAAACUAGUUAUCAUUUGCAUACCUAUAAAUAUCUUAACUGAUGUGUAAUGUCUGAUUUUACUAGUAUCCUAUUUAGUUUGGCUAAUGAUAAAGUAGAAUUUAAUAGACUAAUGUUUCAAUUCCCAAUGCAUGGUUACCUAGAUUAGUUAUAAAGAGAAUCUUGUAUGUCCAUACCUCGUUAGUUUCUACCUCUUUUUUACAUUGCGUCCACCUUUAUAUUUCAUUCGUCAGCAAGUGGUAAUCGCAGUUUCACUAUUUCAGCAUAAAAACGCAAUGUUUUAGAAGACUCCUCUGUUCUUUUACAUGUUUUUUGUAUUUUACUUUUUUUUGUUUAAUGACGUAUACAAGACGUCGUAGUCAACGCUCGCCUCAAUUUGU